AUGUGUACAGAUUUACCCACUGACGCACAUCUAGGCGCGGACAAGGCCGUUAACCUCUCACACGCUCGAACAAAGAUUCUCGAGGCCGCACAAGCUGGCGCAGGCCUCAUCGUUCUCCCUGAAUGCUUUAACUCUCCCUACGGCACAGGGUAUUUCCCCAAAUACGCUGAAACCCUCCUCCCCUCCCCGCCGACGAAGGAACAGUCGCCGUCCUUCCAUGCGCUAUCAGCCAUUGCUGCUGAGGCAAAUGCAUACCUUGUCGGUGGUAGUAUCCCAGAACUGGAGCCGACUACCCAGAAAUACUAUAACACCUCUCUGGUCUUUUCGCCCUCGGGUUCCCUGAUCGGUACUCACCGCAAGACCCACUUGUUCGACAUAGAUAUCCCGGGGAAGAUCAAGUUCAAGGAGAGCGAUGUCCUGUCACCUGGUAACCAACUAACAGUCAUUGACCUCCCUGAAUAUGGCAAGAUUGGAUUGGCCAUCUGCUAUGAUAUUCGUUUCCCGGAAGCGGCCAUGAUCGCUGCGCGCAAGGGCGCCUUCUUGCUUGUCUACCCCGGCGCAUUCAAUACCACUACUGGUCCUCUACACUGGUCACUUCUGGGACGUGCUCGUGCCGUUGAUAACCAGGCUUAUGUGGCUCUCUGUAGCCCGGCGCGGGAUUUGAAUGCGGAUUACCACGCCUACGGGCACAGUCUGGUUAGUGACCCGAGUGCGAGUAUCUUGGCUGAGGCCGAGGAGAAUGAGGCAACCAUAUAUGCAGAUUUGGAUAAUGAAACCAUUGUGAGCACUCGUAAGGGUAUUCCAAUUUCUACUCAGCGGCGGUUUGAUCUAUACCCCGACGUGAGCGGCGAGGGUUCAGGAUGA